AAAGGAAAAAAAAAAAACAGAGAGAUUAGGAGCUUAUUGACGGCGACUUUUCUCUCUUGAAGGCUACCUUAUAUUAAUUCAACUCCCUUUCUCAGCUGCUACUUCAUUUUCUCGGCUCCCUUUUCAACUCUCUGUAUGUGUGCUUACAUCUUUUCUGCGAAACCAUCUACCUACACAUCCGUUUCCGAGCCACCUGUGUUAAUUGCUGACACUUCACCUGGGAUUCAGCAAACUUUGCUGUUUUAGGAAAGAUAUCUCAUCUUCCCCCUUCAUUGCUUGGUGGGUCUUACUCCAAAUGGGAAGGCACUCUUGCUGCUACAAGCAGAAGCUAAGGAAAGGCCUCUGGUCCCCAGAGGAAGAUGAGAAACUUCUCAGGCAUAUUACCAAGUAUGGCCAUGGUUGUUGGAGCUCUGUUCCUAAGCAAGCUGGUUUGCAAAGGUGUGGAAAGAGCUGCAGAUUGAGGUGGAUUAAUUACCUGAGGCCUGAUUUGAAGAGAGGCACAUUCUCCCAACAGGAAGAGAACCUCAUAAUUGAACUUCAUGCAGUUCUGGGCAACAGGUGGUCUCAGAUUGCAGCACAACUGCCCGGAAGGACCGACAACGAAAUAAAAAAUCUCUGGAACUCUUGCUUAAAGAAGAAACUUAGGCAGAGAGGCAUUGACCCUGUUACCCACAAACCGCUAUCCGAGGUUGAAAACAAUGGACAAGACAAGAAUCCACCUGCCAACAAGAGCCAAGAAAAGGCCUCUGGAGUCUCCAAUGAAUUGAACCUCCUUGAAGCCAAUAAUUCUAAGCCCGGGCCAACUUCACAAGAAAAGACACAAUCCUACCAUUUAGAGGGAAAAGGUUCUUCCAACUCCAAAACUAUGAGCAGCAACACCAACAACCACAGUAACAACAGCAAUUUGAUGUCGCCCAUAAGCAACAAGGACUUUUUCUUGGAAAGGUUCGCAACCUCCCAUCAUGAAGGCUCCACAACCAACUGCCAACCUUCGGAUUUGGUGGGGCAUUUCCCUCUUCAGCAAUUGAAUUAUGCGUCCAAUUCCAGGCUUGUAACGAACUCAAUCCCCUCCCAUUGGUUCACCCAAACCAGCAAAUCUUUGGAUAUGAACUCAGAAUUCUCUUCCAGUUCAAUACCCACCAUCCUUCCACCAACGACAAGUUCAUUUCUUUCCACUUCUAUGCCCUUCAAGCCCUCCGUUACUGUUCCCUCCGACGAUCCUUCAUUAGCAUCUUUUCCAAUCAAUAGUUCACGGUUUUGGGAAGCAGUUGCCCUGAGCAACAAUAGUAACAGCAGCACUGGAAGCAGCGGCAACGCCGAACUGCAAAGCACUUUCUUUGAGAGCACAAUCUUUUCUUGGGGAUUAGGGGACUGUAGCUCAACGGAGAAAGAGGGCCAAAACCAGCUGAUGGGAAGCCAACAGGAGGACGUAAAAUGGCCAGAAUAUCUUCAUAAUCCAUUGAUAAUGGCUGCAGCUUUACAAAAUCAAAGUCUUCCGCAAUCCUUAUACAAUGAGAUAAAAUCAGAAACGCAUUUCCUAACCCAAAAUUCAAGCGCCGUCUGGCCUCAAAACCAGCAGCAACAAGAACCUUUCCAAAAUUCUGAUAUAUGCCCAAAAGAUAUUCAAAGACUUACAGCAGCCUAUGGACAUAUUUAGCUUUGAUAGGCAUUCGAGUGAAACCACUGGCAUUAGACGAAGAAACUGAAGAUGCUCCAACGGAUGCUGGCUAGAGCUGUUUCUUUAUUUUACAGGUGUGUGCCAUAGAUUUUUCUCUUGUAAAUAGGACUGAUACAAAAACAUUUCUCACCCUAUGGUUUUGAAAUAUUUGUGAGCCAAAAAAAAAAAAAAACAAUCUUUUCUUAUUAACUAGCUUUGUUUUAGCUGUUGGGUGUGGGGAGGUAGGAUUGCAGAAUAAGGGUUGCAUAUGCCAGUGUAGUUCUCCUCUUUGCCUCAUUGCAUAUGCAUUACAGUGUUGCAAUUCUCUGUGUUAAGUAUCCCCAGAAAAGAUGUGAGAUUUUUUUUUAUUUUAGUAUAUAUUAUUUUGGUGUAUCCUUUAAUAGCAA